UUCUGACGUGGCUAAUGGAGGGCUACCAUUUUCUUGCAAUUGACAUAGCGUAGUGAUAGUAAAUCCAGCUCCAUCGGCGUAAAAUAUAUUCCAUUUUUCUUGGAAGUUGUAAGAUUUGAAGAUGAAAUUCGUAGCUAUAUGCAUCGUUCUUCUGUAUUCGGCAGAAGUUGCGCAUACGGAUGAACACAAUCAUAUUUAUGAAGAUGCAGAAGAGGUUGUGUUGUGGAUGAACACGGUAGGGCCAUAUCAUAACAGACAGGAAACAUAUUCUUAUUUCUCCCUGCCAUUCUGUGCUGGACCAAAAGAGAGCAUAAGUCACUACCAUGAGACACUUGGGGAGGCCCUGCAGGGGACAGAACUCGAGUUCAGUGGUUUGGAUAUUGAUUACAAAAGUGAUCAGAAGCAAACAAAAUACUGCACAGUGAAGCUGACAGAGGAGAAUUACAAAGAUUUUGUGUAUGCUGUGAAGAAUCAUUACUGGUACCAGAUGUACAUUGAUGAUUUACCAAUUUGGGGUAUUGUUGGAGAGAUUAGCGAGGAUGGGAAAGAUUAUUUCAUCUGGACCCAUAAAAAGUUUGAUAUUGGAUUCAAUGGCAAACAAAUUGUUGAUGUAAAUCUUACAAGUGACAAUAAAGUGAAGCUGGAAAUUGGAGCAGAUAUUGGUUUCUCAUAUGAGCUUAAAUGGCAUCCAUCUAAAGUGAAGUUUGAGGACAGAUUUGACAAAUAUCUGGAUCCAAAUUUCUUCCAACACAGAAUUCAUUGGUUCAGCAUCUUCAAUUCGUUUAUGAUGGUUAUAUUCCUGGUUGGCCUUGUCUCUAUGAUUCUGAUGAGGACUUUGAGAAAGGACUACGCCAGAUACAGCAAGGAAGACGACAUGGAUGAUAUGGAAAAAGAUUUGGGAGAUGAGUAUGGCUGGAAACAAGUUCAUGGAGAUGUAUUCCGGCCUGCUACACAGCCUAUGUUGUUCUCAGCUCUGAUAGGGACCGGGUACCAUAUAACAGUUGUCUCCCUUUGUGUUAUUCUGUUUGCUAUUAUGGGAGAACUGUACACAGAACGAGGGUCAUUAUUGAGUACAGCUAUAUUUGUUUAUGCAGCAACAUCACCAGUAAAUGGCUACUUUGGGGGAAGCCUGUAUGCACGAAUGGGAGGUAAAGUUUGGAUAAAGCAGAUGUUAUUGAGUGCCUUCUUGUUGCCAAGUCUAGUGUGUGGUACAGCAUUCUUUAUCAACUUCAUAGCUAUCUACUACCAUGCUUCAAGAGCUAUACCUUUUGGAACUAUGGUAGCUGUAACAUGUAUAUGUAUAUUUGUGAUAUUGCCAUUGAACCUGGUUGGUACAGUACUAGGACGUAACUUGUCAGGCCAACCAGAUUAUCCAUGUAGAAUUAAUGCGGUUCCACGUCCUAUACCAGAGAAAAAAUGGUUUAUGGAACCAAGUGUUAUCAUUGUGCUAGGAGGUGUAUUGCCAUUUGGCUCUAUCUUCAUUGAAAUGUAUUUCAUUUUCACAUCAUUCUGGGCGUACAAGAUCUACUAUGUGUACGGAUUCAUGCUUCUAGUAUUCCUUAUCUUAGCCGUGGUAACCGUGUGUGUGACCAUAGUGUGUACGUACUUCCUUCUCAAUGCAGAAGACUACCGCUGGCAGUGGACGAGUUUCCUGUCAGCAGCAUCCACAGCUGGUUAUGUGUAUCUCUACUCAUUUUACUACUUCUUCUUUAAAACAAAAAUGUAUGGGUUGUUCCAGACAAUGUUUUACUUUGGUUAUAUGGCCUUAUUCAGUUUAGCCCUUGGAAUCAUGUGUGGAACUCUUGGCUACCAGGGUACCAGUGCAUUUGUGAGGAAAAUCUACUCGACAGUGAAGAUAGAUUAAAAAAAUGUGCAUAUCUUAAUGUGAUAAAAGAUGACUGUGUAAAGACAUUAUUUGCCGUAAGGGUGAUAGGUAGUCAAUACUGUGGGAGAAAGACCUAGCAUGUCCAGACAUUGUUAAACAAUGCAACAGGGGAAGUAACUAGGCUGGUGUUGCCUAAUUCUGCAAACUUAAGCAGUUUUAUUCUAUGUUUUUGUGUAUCUCAGUAGAAAGACUUUGAUCCAUUUUUUUGUCCAGUAUCAUAAUUUCGUUAACUGUUAGGCUAGCUGGUGAAAUGGAAUGGAACCUUAAGUUUGUUAGUAUUAUAUAUAGCAUUGCUUGUGUAAUUAUGUAUUAAACAAGCGGUUAGUUAAAGUACGUAGAUUGCUUAUUUGUUAAGAAAGAUGUGGUGAACUGUGUGUUGCAGGAUGCCAAAUCUGGCUACGGGGUUUUCUUGAUGGUUUACAUUCAAGAAUAGAGAGAAAAACGACUAACUUCCAUGGAAACAUUAGUUUUUUUUUGUGAGAUGGGCAUAUUUCAACCACACAAGUAGUCAAGCAGAGUAAUUUAAACAUUUCUUUCUGGGGGGAAAACAUGCAUGCAUAUUUAAGAGUUUUUUUUACUCUACCUGCAUAAUAUUUGUAACGCUAAAAGUAUAUAGGUUAAAGACCUUCUAAUGAAAUCAAGUUUUGCUGUAACAGAGCGCAGCCAUGUGAAAGCAAUAACUUAAUUGAUAAGGUCAGUAAAUGAUCUAUAACUUAUUUAUAGUUAAAUAGGUCAAUCUGAAAGUAACCAGUAGCAACCCCAAUAUUUGCCCUUUAAUCUACUUAAUGGUUUCACUUAAUAGGUACUACAUAAUCUGACAUAAUAAAUCAGGAAGUGUGACAGAAAAUUGAAAAUGUCUGAUGUUAUUAUAAGAAGGCAGUAUUCCAUGCAUACACUGUUGCCUCUGUACACCAUUGUCCAUAUUCUAAAUAAUUUGCAAUACCAAUUGAUUAUUCUGAAAUUUUGCUGGGCUUUCUGAUUUUCUUUGCAGUAUGUGUUAAUCUGACAAUGUCACUGAAUUUCAGAUUUAAACAGAGUGUAUUACAUGAGUGUCUUUUCAUAUUGAAUUUAUCAAACAAGUUGAAUGAAAUACUAAAAUGCGAGGCUAUGCCAAGCAUUUCAUCAAUUUUAUUAGACGAGUUUGAUAAUAUUUUAUGUGGAAAGACGCAAAUGUAAUAUUCUUUUAAUCACAUACGAGCUUUUCCUGCUUAAACAUCAAAAUUUCGUCUUUCUUUAGGUAUUAUAGACAACAUCAUUUCGACCAACGCUCUGUUACUUAAAUGACAUCGGCAUCGCAGCUUUAUUACACUUCAGUAAUACCAAACUUAUAACAAUGGCUUUAUUUCACUCCCACGACCUCAAACAUGACAAAAGAUAAUUAAGUGAGCCAACUGUAUGGCAGUUAUAAAAAAUGUUGAAUUUUGAAAGUAUAUGUUAGUGUAAGCAAAUGAGCCGUGCCAUGAGAAAACCAACAUAGUGGGUUUUUAUGACCAGAAUGGAUCCAGACCAGCCUGCGCAUCCGCGCAGUCUGGUCAGGAUCCUUGCUGUUCGCUUUUAAAGCCUACUGCAAUUAGAGAAAAGUUAGCAAACAGCAUGGAUCCUGACCAGACUGCGCGGAUGCGCAGGCUGGUCUGGAUCCAUGCUGGUCGCAAAGCCUAUAUGUUGGUUUUCCCUUGGCGCGACUCAAAUAUUUUUAUCACUGCUGACAUGUAAUUUUUAGUUGCAGUAUUUUCAUUUGGAGGAUAUGUAUUUCCAGUGUUAAGUGCAAAACUGUUCUAAACUCUUCUGCAUUUGAUAUCAAGUUAGGACAGUAUUGUGUCUGAUCCUCAAUUUAGAAGGAAACUAUCACCUAUUUGUCAGACGUUUUCUUUAUAUAUAAUUGUGAAAGUAUGUAAUAGAUGUUAAAUGUAGCACUCUGGUUUGAAAGUAUUUAAUGAAUGUAUAAUUCAGCAUUUAUCUAGAAAUCAGGGGUUGGAUGGAAAACUGUGGUAACUCUUAAUAAAUAAAGAAGUUACAACAGUUUUGUAUUUAACCCUGGAAAGUGUAAAUGUUAUAUUUAGUAAAUGAUUAAUGUGAGUGAUGAUGGUAUACACGUAUUUAUGUAAAUUGCUGUUAAAGUUAUUUAUUAAGAAUUUUAUUUCUGUAUCUGUAAAUAUGUAUAUAGUGUAUAUAUAUAUAUAUAAAGGAUUCGUAAAAUCAUUUAAUAGUGUUUGAAUGAAUGUGUAGCAGGUAACAAAAUGGUCUUGUGAAAAAAGUUCCCGACUAAAGAACAUAUUUAUUUAAAAAAAAGAGUUGCUUUGAGGGAGAAAGUUACAUCAAAAACAUGUUUAUAAAUUUGAGUCUGAAAUAUUUUAAAUUUUGUUCUUUGAAAUUCUGUAUUGCAAAUCUGUAAAUAUUUCACUCAAUUUAAAGUGUGCUUUCAAGCUAAGUAUUACAUUGAAAUCCUGCAUUGUGUAAUUCAUACUAGUUAAAUUAAGAGAUGCUGCAAGUUCUCACUUGUAUGGGUAGAGGAUUUCAGUAAUCCGGUGGUGUGCCAGAAUUCAAAACGUUGCAAGUUGUUCUCGCAGUUCAGAUGUACAUGUUCAAAAUGUGUUUGUGAAAGCAAAAUCUGAAGUUUUAAAGAUGUAGAUUUUCAUGUAAAGGAGCAUUUUAUGUUAAAAAAGAAGUACCAUACAUAUUUUAGCAGACACGUGUUGUUAUUUAGGGGCAUUCACUUUGCAUACUCAUACAAAUUCAUGAUGGUUAUAUGUCAGAAAAAAUAUAUAUACAUGUAUAUGCCAAAGUAAACUGCUCCUAUUUUAAAAGACAGUGAUAUUCACAAAAAGCUGUUUUGUUGACAUAGUUCGUAAUAUCAUAAGCAGUUCCAUUUUUCACUUUAGAUGUGUCUGAAGUGGUAUGUCAACAAUUAGCAAAACUUGGUGCAUGUAUUUUAAAUCCAUUCUGUUGUUCAUGUGAUUUUAAAUGUGGUGGGGAAUAUAAAAGUGAGUAUAUCUUUAAACACUGCAGUAAAGCACAAAGUAUAGCCUGUUGUAUAUUUCUGGGAUGUAUUGCCUUGUUGCCUCAAAUCAUUGUGAAGACCAGCCCACACAUUUUGCUUUAACCAGUUGCAUUGGCAUGUUUUUUAUAACAUUGGAUAUUUAAGUAUUUUGAUAUAGGGAAUUUCUUUCAUCUAUUGACUAUUCUAUACAAAGGAUAUUGUUUGGCGUUUAAGAGGGUAUCGAACACUAUAAACUGUAAAAAAAAAAAUCUUUCUUUUUUCUUUUUUUUUAAUAAAAAGCCUUGAAAGUGACAAAUAAUUAUCAACUGCUGAUGUAUAGCAGUGAAUAGUUAAAAAAUAAAAUGUCCUAUGUCUUGUAGAUAUACUGUACUACAUGUAUUCCUUAAAUUAGUAUAUGACAUCAAAUGUAAAGUAGUUGAGACAUUCCAAUCAUUUUUUCGUUAGUCUUUUCAUUGUAUUACACUGGGUGCAUACAUGUUGUUUAGUCAUUCUCAAGUUAGACAUUUUAUCAUACAUUUAUUUCCCCUCCCCAAGUUUGUAUAUAGGUACAAGAAAUCAUAUAUCCCUGUAUUGUACAUGAAUUUCAUUUUAAUAUAUUUUCGCACACUAAGGUGGCGAAAUUUGGGGUCCUGCUUAUGGAAAUAGUUUUUGCUUUUUUGAUGAUGUUUUAAAUGAUUGCACUAAUGUGUGGCAUCAUUUGUAUCUUAUGACAUUUGAUGUAUUGUAUUUCUCUCGGAAUUGAAGAGGAGAUCUUAUUAUUAUGAAAGUAAUAAAAACAUAAAACACCA